AGAGAGAGAGAGUGGUUCUAACUUAGUGCACAUCAUUUUCAUCACCACUCGGGAUCAUUUUGACCGAGGCUUUUAAUGCAAAUAAGAGGCGGUGUAUCCGUUGGAUCUCCAUUAUCCAAAAUGAUGCUCAACUGCUAGGGAUAAGUAAUUAACUAGUCCGGGUGAAAGGACAUCAAAUACGAAAGACAUAGAGUGACAAAAAGUGCUGUUGAUCGAAAAAGUUUAUGGUGGAGAGAUAUUAUUGUGUCCAGCAGAUGGACAUUUUUGAUGGGAUUAUGAGUGUGAAAUGUGACUAACAUCCUUUGGUUUUCUCAUCCGUCAAAUCACACUCCUCAUUCUUCCUCAUUCAUCUGUCACACGGUGUCCAUCUUUUAGUCCUGCAAGCCUCCACAUCCUCCUGGUCAGUGUCCAAAUGGCCAAGGUGCUGUGCAAGAGAUAAUAACUAGUGUUGUCAUUGAACAGUGAAAUAGUGUCAUGCUCGGUAAUUACCCCUAUAUGGGUUUAGUACUAGGAAACUCGUCAAUCCAGUGAAAGGUGAAGACAUACCAUCUCAGUCGAUCACAAUCUCCAAAAAAUCUAUUGUGAGUGGUGAAUAUUUUCUUUUUGAUAGGAAGAACAAUUCCAAGCCCCUACCCCUAGGCCCACAGCCAUUACAAUAAAAGCACCCCAAACUCACUCUUCCACAAGUUCAGAAGUGGGAUAGUGAACCAAAAACGAGGGGGCCAAAGUGGGCGGAAGCUGAGCAAAAAAAAAAGAAAAGAGGAAAACGAAAGGAAGUGGAGUUUUAUGGUGACCUCAGUGUAACCGGCCGGAGAUGGGUUUAAGAUUAGCAUUAGUUUUGCGGUUGGCCAUCAUCAUUUGUACAGCUUUCGUAUGUUUUCCCAUUGUUUCCACCCAGAUGGACUGGGCCGAUGAUGACGAGGAUCCGGUGUCGACAGCGAGUGUUGAGGCAGUUCUGGGAAAAACUGCUUCACUACCCUGCGACAUCGAACCCGAGGCUAGAGAUGACCGGGUGUACAUGGUGCUGUGGUUCAGAGAAAGUGCCGGAAAGCCUCUCUACAGCUACGAUGUUCGUGGGAGGCCUUUGACGAAAGCACUUUACUGGUCAGACACAAAUUCCUUCGGUCCUCGAGCAUAUUUUGUCACAGUCUCCAAUCCGGCCGGCCUCAGUGUCGACAAUAUCCAGCUCGACGACGAAGGAGUUUAUCGAUGUCGAGUAGACUUUCAAAAUUCACCUACAAGAAACCAUCGAAUAAAUUUAACAGUCAUUGUUCCACCACAUCAAAUUCUUGUAUAUGAUGCUUCCGGAAGGGACGUGGCCGGUGCUGUGGGACCAUUGCUUGAGGGCGACAAUCUCAUUCUCACUUGCGAAGUUCGAGGAGGUCGGCCUGAGCCAAGUGUGGCCUGGUACAAUGGGGUGAUGCCACUGUCUACGGGCACAGGAGUCUCCAUGGGACGCCACGUGACAGUGAAUAGGCUGGAAAUUAACCAUGUGACCAGAGACGCCCUCAACAAUACCUACAAGUGCCAGGCAUCCAAUACUAAACUCGUGCCACCAGCUGAAAGGAACGUUCGGUUAGAUAUGCUAUUAAAACCACUCACCGUGAACAUAUCGGAAAAGCCAAGACAGCUGGUAUCUGAGAUGGAGUACAGCUUACGAUGCGAUGUCAAUGGCUCCAUUCCUGACACUGAAGUCAAAUGGAUGCAGAACAAUCGUCCCUUUAAGCGGGGCAAGAUAAAUCAGACGACGAACUCAAGUGUUGCGAUGUCUGUGCUAACCUUUCGACCUGCACCAGAGGACGAUGGCACAAUUCUCAAGUGUGAGGGCUCCAAUCCACGUCUACCAAAUUCAGCCCUUGAGGAUUCCAUGGUGAUGAAUAUAAUGUAUGCACCGCAAGUGAAUUUAUCCCUGGGAUCAACGCUAAAUCCUGACGACAUUAAGGAAGGAGACGACGUGUACUUUGAAUGCCACAUAAAAGCCAAUCCCAAGGAGCACCGCAUCACUUGGUCACACGAUGGAAAUCCAGUGGUGCAGAAUGUAACAUUCGGUGUAAUAAUUUCCACACGUUCGCUCGUUCUUCAGCAUGUGGCACGAUAUCACGCAGGUCAAUAUACAUGUGCUGCAGCCAAUGAUCGUGGAGAGACGCAGAGUUCACCUGUCACCCUUAGGAUCCACUACUCUCCAGUUUGUUCAGCAUCGAAUGUGGGCAUUGUUGGGGCCUCCUUGGAGGAAUCAGUGACCAUUCCCUGUCGCGUGAGUGCAGAUCCAGCCAUUGUGGACUUUGAAUGGACAUUCUCGAGCAGCGGAGAACGCUUUGAAGUACCACCUGGCCACUAUGUCACAAUGCAGGAUACCCAAUCAAUUGGUCAUGGUGAUUCGUCUCACACGGAAAUGGAUGUGCAAAAUUCCAUUGAAACUGUGAGUGAACUGGUGUACACGCCAAAGAACGAAAGGGAUUAUGGUACUCUUGCAUGUUGGGGAAAAAAUUCAAUUGGAAAGCAGGCAGACCCAUGCAUUUUUCAAGUUGUUCCUGCAGCCAAGCCAUCUCCACUGAGAAACUGCACAUUGCGCUCGUAUCUGAUGUCUUCGACUCAGCAAAUGAUGAGCUCGGGCAAUUUGACGACCCUCCACGGUGGCCAGAAUUAUCGAGAAAGCAAUUACAUCAAUACACAAUACGUUAGAGAUCGAAAUGUAUCGAAUGGGGCCAAGAGGACGUAUCAAAAAUUCAAUCAGAAGAAUAUUACCAAUUCGCGAAGGAACGAUGGGACUGAGAGUGGCAGGAGGGUGGUUCGGGAGAGGGCCAAAUUCAAUUUGAUGGGUGGCUCGAGGGCAGACGAUAAAAGAAUAUCGAAGAGGUAUGCUGAAGCAAGGAGUGCUGCUGCCGAUGGAAGCCCGUCGAAUGCUACGGAUGACGAGGUUAGGAGUUCAGGCGUGACAUCGACCGUGAGCAGUGAACCCCGAGUGCAAUUCCUGAAGUCUGAAGCGCGUAUUCCCGUGGAAGCUGGUGGUGAACUUUCGCCGUCGGUGUCGGCAUUUGAGACAACACCCACAACCAUGGAGUUGGAAUGUGUUGCUGGCUAUGACGGUGGCUUACCGCAAUUUUUCAUUCUCGAGGCUUAUGAUUCCCGGACAAAAAAGCUCCGAUUAAAUGUUUCAAGUGCCUUUGUCGACAUACCGCUGUUCAGAAUUGACCUGGCAGAUCUCUCACCAUCAGACUCUGCAUAUAUUGACUCAGCUCCAAUGCUCCAUCUUGUCGCAUACAGUGUAAAUCAGAAGGGACGCUCAGAAGCCACUGUACUGGAAGACAUUGCCAUAAAUGAGGCGGAAAAAAGAACAGAUGGCUCCGGAGGAUUGUCGGUGCUACCCGUGGCUGCGCUGCUGACGGGCGCCCUGUUCACCAUUGGCAUCGGUGUCCUGCUGGUGGUUGUGCUGACAGUGCGAAAGCGCAGGGAGCCAUCAACGGUGUGCGAUGGGAAGGAGAAGCACUUGGGCAUGGAUAACACUGUGACGACACCACUGGAGAUGGGAGUUGGUCAACAGAGAUUUGUUGUGGCUUACACGCUCAAGCAGGGUGUGGAGAAGCAACCGGAUAUCCUCAGUGCACAGAAAGGGACAUCAGACAGCACCGUGAGAGACUCGAGUUUACUUGGGUCACCGGCUGCAAUUCGUCCCGAGGGGCUCUUCAUGAAGCACAAGGAUGGCAAUCAUCUCAAUUACAUAUCACCCACGUACUCGUGCCAAGAUUUCGAGCAGAAGCCACCGAAUCACCAAGGAACUGCCCAGCGGGACAAUCUCGUGAACUAUGCCACACUGAGACCUGCAACCUACGGUAGUAGCAGUUCCUCCACAAUGGACUACACCAUCCAACAACCACCACUCUACACAUCCAUCAAUGAUUCCGGAGGAGGGAAUGUCCAGUACUCCUCCAGCACGCAGAAUGGCCUUCUUCCCAUCAAUACCUCAUCCACGAUGAGUCAGAACGCCACAGAUGAACCCUCCCGCCCAGACUAUCUUCACUUCGAGCGCUCAUCCCUCGAAUACCAGAGGAUCUACAGUGAAUCUGAAGAUCCGGACAAAUUGGUGGCCAACAGCAAAACCCUCCAGAACACCGGGCAGGACUUCCGGCAUGCGGAAUUUCCAGCCACGGAAAUGUCCACGAGCGUGGGAAAUCAUUUGGCAGGAAAGAUGCCACGUGUCAACUCUUCCUCACUGCCUAAAAAUCGCAAUACGAGGAAUCAUAUCAUAACAGACACACUUCCAGGACCAGAAAGUUGCGUCUAAGGACCAACACAUUCUAAAUUCUUCAUAGGAUAGAGAGUUAAAGUGGUCAAGAAUAAUGCAGAAUUGUGAUGAAAAAUACGCUUUUUAAAAGAUUUUUUUCGCAGUGUAAAAACGCAUCAAUCAUCAAUUAUCGUACGGAAUAUAAUUUACUCGUAAAUUGCAACGUCUGUUUCUAAAUUGGGUAUCUAAUAAUUGUAUUCCAAUACAUUCAGGAGGUAAUAUCAAAUAAUAAAUCUUGUUCUAAAAAUAUAAAAUAUUUUUAGUACAAGUAACAUAGGAAAUUCUUGAUCUUUUUUUUUAUUUUACUGAAAAGUAACAGUUACGAAAUGGUCCUCCUCCUCAAAUCGAAAAUAAAAAAGGGUAUUUUUUCUCCUGGACAUUUUUUUAGUACAUGACUGUUCUAAUGUGCUUCUACACAGUCGAUUUUUCUUUGCGUUGUUCCUAUUACAACUGUUUGGUGGUUCUGGAACACAAUAAACACAAAGGAAAGUCAA